AUGCGCGUGGUGUCAAAGCCAACACUCGGGCGGCUGAAGGUUUCCCGUCGAUGGCUGGCCACAAGCCGACAGCUCCUGGCGCGCAAGAAAGUGGACAAGGAGUGCAUCGUGUACAAUGCCUGCAUCAGUGCUUGCGAGAAAGCGGGCCAGUGGCAACACGCCCUGGCGCUGUUCAGCGAGAUGGAGGGUAUGACCAUCCAGAAAACAUCCAUUACCUACAACGCGACUGUAAGUGCUUGCGAAAAAGGGCACGAAUGGGAGCUGGCCUUGACAAUCGUGUCUCAAAUGGAACACCAUGACGUGGAGAGAUGCUCCAUCACGUACAACGCCUGCAUGGCGGCAUGUGAUGAAGCUGGCCAGUGGCAGCACGUCCUUCAUCUCUUGGAGGACAUGAAUCGUGGCCAGUUACGGCGGGAUGCCAUCACCUACCAUGCCUGCAUCAUGUCCUGCGAGAAGAGCCGGCAGUGGCAGCGAGCCCUAGGCUGGUUUGAGGAGAUGCACCAGAAGAGGCUUGAGCACAACUCGAACACCUUCAAU